AUGGCUGAUGCUGCAGUAGGUUCUCUAGUCCGGAAGCUUGGUGAUCUAUUAGUGCAAGAAGCCAUCAAUUUGCAUGGAGUGAGUGAUCAAGUGGAGUGGUUGAAACGAGAACUGGAGACAAUGCAUAGACACAAGGUUCAUGUGGAUGUUCAAGGGAUAAAAACUAGGUUGCAGGAGCUAUCUCGAAGUAGAGAAGUAUAUGACAUUUCUAAUAUUGGUACAACUAGUCAAUACAGAAGUCCAGGUGAGAUCCCUAUAUUGCCUCAACUGAGAGAUGACAUUGAUAUGGUUGGCUUUGAUGAUGAGAAGAAAAAGAUUGUGCUAGAGUUGGUUAAUGAAGAGAAAACAAAUCGAUCAGUGAUUUCUAUAGUGGCAACUCCAUCAGCUGACACAAUCCAAGACCUCUCAGUUGCUAUUUCUGAAAAAUUGAAGAAAGGCAAGUACUUGAUCGUUCUUGAUGAUGUUUGGAAACGAGAUGUAUGGAAUGAAUUACUAAAAGUCUUUCCAGAUGUUAAUAAUGGAAGCAGAGUUGUUAUCACCACCCGCUUCAAAAAUGUCAUUAAUAUUGCAGAUCCUACCACUAAACUUCAUAAACUGCGUUACCUAAAUGAAAAGGAGAGUUGGGAGUUGUUUCUUCGCAAGGUCUUCCCAAGACAAGACAUUGAAACAUGUUGCCCGACAUGUUUGCUUGAUUGUACUCAUCAACUUGUUCAGAGGUGUGGGGGUCUACCACUAGCACUAGUAGUUCUUGGGGGACUUGUCUCAACUAAACCACAAACCCAAGAUGCAUGGCAUAAAUUCGUUGCUUCCAUAGCUUGA